ACCGACCCCGGACCCGCCGGUAUCAUUUUCUUGCCUCUCCCCCUCAUGCAACCAUCAAACUAUGCGGUACUCACCCAGUCCCACAGGGCAAUAGCCGCAAAGAAACGAGCAAGGAAAGAACAGAUUAAGGAGGUGCUCUUCGAUGAAGACGCACGCAGGGAGUUUUUGACCGGCUUUCAUAAACGAAAACUGGCCAAGAAGGAAGAGGCAAAACAAAAGGCUCAGGCUAGAGAGAAGCAAGAGAGGUUGGAGACGCGUCGUGAACGGCGACGUAUGUUGGCAGAGCGUGCUGUUCAGAAUGCUGCCGAAGUAGAAAGAGCAUAUGGUGCUAUCAUUGAUGAUGGAGACGAUGACACAGGAGAAUGGUCAGGAUUGGAGCAUGAUGCGGACGGUAAGGACAUGGAAAAGGAAGAAGAAUAUGAGGGAGAAGAACAGUUUGCCACGGUGACGGUUGUGGAAGAAUUCGAGCCUGAAACACUCAUACAUGGUCCCUCGACAUCUGCCCUACCAGAAAAAUCCGUACCACAUUACGCACCAAAUCCGUCGACCACUAAAUCAAAAGGGAAAGAGAAAGACAGAGGCGGUGUGACACAGCUCAAGAGUAGUGCAAAGAAAAGCGAAAAGGUGAAGAAGAUCAGGUAUCAGACAAAAGCUGCGCGUCAGGCGGAUAGAUCAAAACAAAGGGCGAGGAGAACGGAAAAGGCUGAGAGGGCUGGUGGUAAAGCAUCGAGAAAGGGGAAGAGACGGUGACAACGGUUCUCAUCUACGUUUCCAACCAUAAAUGAUAUCCCCUUGAUGUACGUUGAUGUACGUGCAGCACUGCGAUAGAGUUGCUUCAAUAUAUACUUACUAGCGAGGUGACCACAGCCAGUCGGUGACCCCACGUAUGUUCUG